GCUGAGUGACCGCAGUGUUGAAACGCACCCAGUUAGGCAACAUCUCGGGCCGAUCGGCUCUUCCGCACAGGAGCAGCGUCGCGUCCAAUUCACACUGCCAAGAGGACUGACGUUUCCGUCACUUCCAUACUUAUUUUUGAUCCGAGUAAAUUGCAUUUCUCACGCCUGCACCCUUCUUGCAAAGGGGAAAAAUUAAAGAGAAGAAAUCUAUUUUUUAAAAAUCGACAUGGUUAUCAAAGUUUUCAUAGCAUCCUCCUCCGGGUCGACUUCGAUCAAGAAGCAGCAACAGGAUGUCAUGGGCUUCCUGGCGGCCAACAAGAUCGAUUUCGAGGAGUGCGACAUUGCAGCAAACGAACAGAACCGAAAGUGGAUGCAGGAGAACGUUCCAGAGAACUCCCGGCCUGCCACCGGGAACCCACUGCCGCCACAGAUCUUCAGCGAUGAGAAGUAUUGCGGGAAUUACGAGGCCUUUUUUGACGCCAGGGAAGAAAAUGCUGUGUAUGCAUUCCUAGGCUUGACUGCUCCCCCUGGUUCCAAGGAAGCAGAGGCCUUAGCCAAAAGGCAACAGCAGUAGUCAGCAGCUGUCUUCCACGGUCAUCGGCGCCCUCUCAUGUCAGCCUCCAGUACUUCAGCUCAAUGCCAGUGCAUUUUGGGAGGGCGUUCAUAAUCACAAUCUUUGCGUCCUCUGUUUAACUCAGUCACGCCAUUUCACUUCAUGUUUAUUUGGGUCAUUUCCUGUCAUUUUGAAUUCCUCAGUUUCCUGCCAGUGUUUUAAGAGCGUAUAACACGGGGACCCAUGAGUGUGUUUGUCUUUACAGUCAUCCUGUUCAGUCAACUUUUGAAAACAAUGAAAUGCAGCCUGUCACACACGUACUUCACUGCAGAUCCUGCCAUAUACUGUGCAGCAUUUUGAAUGUGCUACUUUAUGAAGAACUCAUUCCUUUGACCUAGUAACCUUCAAACCUAUGAGCCUUAAUACAGCUUGCUGCAAAUAGUCACCUUAUUACAUUAUAUUGAAAAUCAUAUAGGCAAGUAUAUUUGCACUGAUAAAAGGAUGUGUGUUAUACUUGUGCUAAGGGUACCAGUUCAUUUAUAUGAUGCACAAAGUGUAUCUGUAUCCUAAUGUAAGUCUUAAUGUUCUUUUUGUUUUUUUCUCCUCUGUAUUUUUGCACCCUUUGUCUAUUUAACAGAAGUUGACCAGACAAUGCCAAAUGUAGAAGGUACAUUAUAAUACCACAGACAAUUAUAUUCUGUCUUAAAGAAUGGAUUGGGGAGGGAAAACAGUAACACAUUGAAACAGACUAGUGACAAAGGUUUGGUUACUGUUGGCUCACGUAGCCACUGCAGAAUAGUUGGGAAAAAUGCAUAGAACUGUAUUCAUCUACAAAGUUUAUGCCAUUCACGUAUUUGUAGUAUUUUGAGGAACAUUGUUUUUCUUUUUCAUUUGUUCGGUCAAUUUGAGGUAAUUAUGAAAUGGGUAUCCGUAGCAUUAGUGUAGAAAUAAAGCUGCAACGCUUCUAAGCCACCGAAAAAAAAAUCUAAAUUGUUUUUACGGUUGUUUUUCAAAUAAUAAAGACGCAAAUCGAA